UCAUUCAAUUCUCUACCCUUUUUAGCAUUCCUUCACUCACCAUAAAAAAAUGGCUGAAGGUGUUCUCUUCAACAUUGCCCAGGGAAUUAUUGGUAGUUUGGGCCCUUUGGCUAUGAAAGAGAUCAAACUGCUGUGGGGUGUCAAAGAUGAGCUUGAAAAGCUUAAGGACACAGUUUCUAUCAUCAACGAUGUGCUUCUGGAUGCGGAGGAGCAACAGGUUAAGAGACAUGCAGUUAGAAAUUGGCUGAAAAAGCUAGAGGAUGCCAUGUAUGAAGCAGACAACUUGCUAGAUGAUUUCUCCACUGAAGUUCUGCGGAGAGAAAUGAUGACCCGUGAUAAGAAGGCAAAAGAGGUACGCAUUUUCUUUUCCAAAUCAAACCAGUUUUUAUAUGCUCUCAAAACGGUUCAUAAGAUUAAGGCAAUAAGAGAGAGGUUAGAUUCCAUUAAUGCAACCGCUAAGGAUUUCAACUUAAAGUUGAGAGAUGAAGAGAUACCAAUCUGGAAUAAGAAGAGGGAUGACAGUUAUUCUUUUGUACGUACAGAAGAAGUUAUUGGUAGAGAGGAUGAUAAGAAGGAAGUUAUAGAAUGUUUGAUGGAAUCCAAGGUUGAAGAGAAUGUUUCGAUCCUUCCAAUUGUUGGUAUUGGUGGAUUAGGAAAGACUGCAUUAGCCCAACUCAUAUUCAAUGACGAGAAAAUUAAAAAACAUUUUGAGCUAAAAAUGUGGGUUUGUGUCUCUGAUAACUUUGAUGUUGAAAUCAUUGUUGGAAAAAUCUUAGAAUCUGCAACAAACAAGAAAACAGAAAAGUUUGAAAUGAAUACAUUGAUCAAUGCUCUUCGAAAAGAAAUUGAUGGAAAGAAAUACUUACUUGUACUGGAUGAUGUGUGGAAUGAGGAUCCUAAAGAGUGGUUUGACUUGAAAAAGCUAUUGAUGGGUGGUGCAAGAGGCAGUAGAAUAUUAGUAACUACACGCAGUGAAAAAGUUGCAAAUAUUACCUAUUCAAUUAAACCAUAUUUAUUAAAGGGUUUAGAUGAGCACAAAUCAUGGGCUUUAUUUAAGCAGAUGGCAUUUGAGAAGGGACAAGAGCCGAAAAAUCCAAGAAUUGUGGAAAUUGGGAAGGAGAUUGUAAAAAAGUGUGUAGGUGUCCCUCUCGCUAUAAGGACAAUGGGAAGCUUAUUGUACUUUAAAAAUUCAGAAACAGAGUGGUUGUCUUUUAAGGACAAUGAACUCUCAAAAAUAUCUCAGAGAGAAAAUGACAUCUUACCAACUUUGAAGCUGAGUUAUGAUCAACUUCCUUCACAUUUGAAGCAUUGCUUUGCUUAUUGUAGUUUGUUUCCAAAGGAUUACAAGAUUGAUAAAUCAACACUGAUUAAGCUCUGGAUGGCACAAGGGUUUAUCAAGUUAUCGGAUCAAACCCGAUGCUUGGAAGAUGUUGGCCAUGAGUAUUUUAUGGAUUUACUCCGGAGAUCAUUCUUUCAAGAAGCUGAAAUGAAUAAGUUUGGUGACAUAAUUAAAUGCAAAAUACACGACCUCAUGCAUGAUCUUGCCAUAUUAGUGGCAGGAUUGUUGAUCACCACGUUAGAUGAUAAGGAGACAUUCAUUGUUGAGAAAACUAGUCAAGUAUCAGUUGCUUAUCAUAUAAGUAGCAGUUCAUCUAAAGUUUCUACUUUAUUGUGUAAAGCAACUAGGAUGCGAACAUUUCUUCACCUUGGCAAGUACUUUGAGGCUAAUAUUGAUUGUGAUGCAACCUUUUCAAGUUCCAAGUUCUUACGCGUGUUGGAUUUGCAUCAGUCAUAUGAUUAUUCAAAAACUUUGAAAAAUUUAAGCUUUAUUGGGAUGCUGAAACAUUUAAGAUAUCUUGAUCUUUCUUGUGAGAGAGAAAUGAAGAAACUGCCUGAUUCUAUAACCAGAUUGCAAAAUUUGCAAACACUAAAACUCUCCGAUUGUAUAUCACUAGAAGAAUUGCCGAGAGACAUUAAAAAAUUAGUCAACCUCAUGCACCUUGAGAUAGAUGGAUGUGAUAGUUUGACUUAUAUGCCAGUAGGAUUGGGGCAACUGACUAACCUUCAGACGUUAUCCGCAUUUUAUGUCCACUCGGGUUCUCCCUCCAGACAUAGUGAUAGUGGUGGUUUACAAGAACUAGGCGGAUUAAAUAAGCUGAGAGGAGAGUUAUGGAUUGUAAAUCUGGGACAUGGGAAAGGUGUUGCGUUAGAAUGUAAGGCUGCGAAUCUGAAGGAGAAACAACAUCUUAGUACUUUGUCUAUAUGGUGGAAAGAAGUUGGGUUAGAUGAUGCCAAUAACUCGGAUGAAGCGUCAUUGGAAGGCUUCGAACCGCACCCAAAUCUGAAAGAGCUUUACUUAAAUUACUAUCAGGGUUCAAGGCUUCCAAGUUGGCUCUUGUUACUCACAAAUCUUGUUUCAUUUCGAUUAGAGUAUUCUCAGAAAUGCCAGUAUCUGCCAACGUUGAGUCAACUGCCUUCUCUCAAGUAUCUUCUUCUUUGGUCGUUGAAGUCUCUGGAGUACAUAUCAGAAGAAGACGGUGAUAGCAAUGACUUCUCUUCUUCUUCAACGGUGCAAACACCAUUUUUCCCGUCUCUCAAGACAAUUAGUCUCAAUUAUUGCCCUAAUCUCAAGGGGUGGUGGAGGAGUAGGAAGAUGGAUUCUUCUGCGGAGCUCAAUAGUGAUAGUGAUAAUUCCGUUGAAAUAACGGAGCAUCAUUUACUCCCUUCCUUUCCUCGUCUUUCAGACUUAUGGAUUUCCAAUUGCCCUAUGUUGACUUCCAUGCCGAUGUUUCCACAUCUUGAAGAUUAUUUGCAACUAUCUAAUAGUAGCUGGAAGCCAUUGCAACAGACAAUGAUGAUGAAUAUGGUAGCACCGCAAAGCACAACGUCUACAGCAACAGCCUCCUCUUCAUCCCCUCCUCUCUCAAAAUUGAAGUCUCUAACACUCGAUUCCAUUGAGGAUCUAGAAACUCUGCCGCUGCAUAACCUCACUUCUCUUGCGUCUUUGGAGAUAUCUCGUUGCAAUAGAUUGAAGUCUCUCUCCCCAGGUAUACAACAUCUCAUUGCCCUUCGAAACCUGGAUCUUGCGUCUUGUCGUGAGCUUGAGGUAGCCAAUAAUGAGGAUGAGAUGCAAUGGCAAGGCCUUACGAGCCUCCUCUCCCUUCGCUUCUCAAGACUUCCAAAAUUGGUGUCUCUCCCCUCGGGGCUUCAACAUGCUACCACUCUACAAAAGCUUGAGAUUGUGGAAUGUGAAAGCUUGACGGCUAUACCAGAGUGGAUCCACAACUGCAAAUCACUUCAAGUGCUUGAAAUUGGUGAUUGCUUGAAUUUGGCGUCUCUUCCCGAAGGAAUGCAUAGGCUAACAUCUUUGCAGAAGCUAACAAUUGAGGAUUGUCCCAUCUUAUUUCAAAGAUACAAUAGAGACACAGGUAAGGAUUGGGCCAAGAUCGCUCACAUUCCAGAGUUAGAUUUACAGCAACUGCCUCAAGAGUCAGAAAAUUCAAGCACCGAUUGAGCAUUUCGACUAAUUCGGAUGCAGAAGCAGCAAAAUCCGUUGAAGGCACAGAAGAAACAGGGGACAAAGAUUCAGAGCUUAUAAAAAUUAAAUGAAGAAAAUGAAAAUUAUUAAAUCUGCCAGACUACCUCAACUGAGAAAAAAUUAAAACACCCAUGGAUCUUCGAUUUAUUCAGAAGUAGCAGAACCUAUUGAAGUACAGAAGAAACAGGGGAAAGAGAUUCAGAGCUUAUUAAAAAAAAUCUAGGGCACUACGUGAUUCUUCACAUAUUUGGAGCAAUUAGUGGAAAUUGGCACUUGGUGAAACUGGAGCAAAUAUUGUGCGGAAGAUUCAAUCUGGCAACAACACUCUGAGAACUACCAUACUGCACGGGUAUAGAUUUGCACCAAAUUGAUGAUCCACGGUGGAUGUUGACAGUUUGAGUGAAGAAGAUUGAUGUGAGUUUAAUUCAGUGUGGCAAACAGGGGAUGUAGCAUUGCCAGGUGGGAAAAUGGAGGAAGGAGAUGUAGAUGACUCUGCUACUGCGUUGAGAGAAGCCAUGGAAGAGAUUGGCUUGGAGCCCAAUUUGGUUCAAGUUGUUGCCACUUUACAGCCUUUUACCUUUCUUUUUCUUUUCUAUUUUUUUUUUAACUUUUUUUUUUUUUUAAUUUUUUUAAUUGAAAACGUAAAAGGGUUGCAAAGGGAUCUUCCCAUUUUUUAUCUUACUGGAAAAAAGAAUAGAAAACCGGUUGAAAAUGCUUCCAAACAUAAGGUAAGAAGUCGCUUCUUACCUUAUAUGUCCAAGCAUGCAGCAAUCAUUUAAUGGAGGUAAGGAAUACAGAUACGAAGCUUUGCUAGGAGGGUGAAGGAAGACUUGCAUGCACAUAUCUCAUACCAGCAGUAGCUUCCCCGCGGAUUAUGUGCCCAUUGUGUUCGACAGCUUUUGUGCUAAUGUCGUGGUUGAUGGGUGUACUAGUAACCUUGGACUAUGGGACAUUAAUGGAUAUGAGGAUUAUAACUGGUUGAGGCCUUUGAGCUACAGAGGUGCAUAUGUUUUUUUUGUUGGCCGUCUCUCCUAUCAGCAAAGCCUGCUAUGAAAUGAAAAUAUCUCCAAGAAGUGAAUUCCUGAGUUGUGGCAUUACGCCCCAACUGUGCCAAUUGUGCUUGUAGGAACCAACCAAACUUGAUGUACGGGGAGACAAGUAGUAUUUGAUUGAUCAUCUUGGCACUACAUCAAUGAUCUUGCAGUUGGCUGUUGUUUGGAAAGAGAAUUGUCGACCAAAAGAGGGAGGAAAAUUCAUAUGUUAUUGAUAUGAAGGGUGAUUGAGAUACAAGAUGAUAUUUAGUGCAGAUUUUCUUCUAUGAGGACUCACAGCAGUUGCCUAUCUAGAUUUUAGUCAUUUGAAAUUUAUUGAGUCCUGAAUUAUCAGUUUUUUUUUUUUUUUUUUCUAAGUUUUUGGGUAUAUAUGUAGUAUUCCCAAAUAGAUCGAAUAUAUCUUCUUAACUUUGAGUUCAUAAUUCUUGUUUGUUUUGGACUUUUGCAAUAUCCAUUUAUUAGCUUGUAGUAUCAUUUACUUGAUAUAAUCAUGAGGUGAACUAAAGAGUAGCCUAUACUUGAUAUACAUUUUGUGUAAUUCAAAUUUCACAAUGAGCAGAUUUUCUUGAAAGAUAUGUUUUCUUCUCUUCAAAUUUUCAUCACAAUGAGCAGAUUGUC